AUGGAUAACAAACCUACAAGCAAGAAAAAGGUGAUUAUAGAACAUAACAAAGUGAAUGAAGUGGCUCUCGCUCUUGUUCAGGAGGUCAUCAAUGCUGCUAUUCAGAUUGUGGAAGACGCUGAACACCCCAUCAAAAAUGUCAAGUGGAUCACACAUGGUGAAUUCACAGAGGAAAGGGGCCGUAGAAAUAUUGAGGAGUUUGUUUUGACUUGGGAGUAUCAGAAUCGCUGGGUGCACUACACUGAAUUUAUAGAGAGGAAAGACUUAAUUCACAGCUUCCACUACAUCUACUGUGUACGCUGGAGUGUUCCAACUGCUCGGAGACCCAUUCCACGGGUUACUGCUGCCACCUACUUCACCAUCAAGAUCAACAAAAACAAACCUCCUGAUGCACCUAUUGAUGUCUCUUAUAUCUUUGAGUUCCAUUCAUUACUGCACAGACCAGGAGCAACUCGCUUUCGAGAAAGAUGGACAAGGGACAUGAUUGAGGCCAAAAAUAUUUUACUAAAUCAAAUUCCUCUUGAUUCAAUUGUCUGA